UUUAUAAAAAAAAAUUCCAUUCAAGAGCGAAAUCGUACAUUCAGGCGAUAAAAUUCUUUUUUUGUCAAUUUUUCACAUUCAUCAAACAUUCAACCGGGAAUUAUUAAAAUUAUUUUUCAAUUUUUGAUGAAACAAUAUUAUGAAUGUGGACUAAAUCUAACUUCGAGGUGAUAGUUUUCUGCUUUCUAUCGCUGAUACCUUGGCCCGGUCCGAGCGUCUUCAAAAUAUCAUGCUCGCGCGAAAGUGCACGCGUUGUGCGGAAAAUUGUGCAAUCAAAAUGGCUUCCAAUACUGGACAAAUAUCAGGUGAAAUUACCGGUAGAAUGUCCGUUUCAUCCCAUUCGCGACAUAUUCGGACCUCAGCAAGUUGCCAAAAAACAAAACCGUCCAAGUCAAUGGACCUGUGGAUUUUGCGGGAAAAGUUUCUACGAAGAGAAACAUUUGGACAGACACUUCGAGCGUCGGCAUACAAGCAGUAUAAACAUGGCCGAAGACGCAGUUUGCUUGUCUGAUUAUUGUGAUAUUAUGCGAUGUGAUGUGUUGGUCUCGAAGGAUUCGACGUUCGGUGAUUCAACUAUGACAACGGACAUAGAGAUAUGGCGCGAGGCAACAUCCUACCGAACUGCAUUGCAACCAACCGGACCAAAAGACUUAGCCAAAUUACCUGCUAGUAGAAACAAUUUUAUACCUUCUGUAUUACCAUUCAAAACCAACAAAGUAGAUACACCAACUGAAGACGAUUGUGACAACAAAGCCAAUGGGGUGAAAAAGAAAAAAUCGAAAGCGACCGUCGAGGAAGAGGAAGAAGAUGACGAUGAGAAAAGUGACGAAGAUGGCGAAGAAACGGAUUCAAAUACCACAUCUACCUGCGAAAAUUUGGUAGAUUCAUCCUUACCACCGGUCGAUAGAAAGCAACAACGAAUAGCUGAGCUACAGAAAAUGAAGGCCAACUGCAAGUCGGAGGAUUUGGAGCAAUUGAAAACGCGAUGCGAAAUUUUGGUCCGCAAUUGUAUCGUUGGAUUGUUGGCUCAGUUGUCGGAUGAGGAUUUUAAAAAUAUGGAAGACGAACUUAAUCGAGCAGUGUGUUGGUAUCUGACAUGUGAACGAUAUUGGGAAGAUGGUCCAAUUGAACAACGAGCUUUCCCCUGGGGUCUUGUUUUCGUACUAGUCAUGGUGUUGUCUUUAGGUGUCUGUUUCUGUUACUACAUCAUUUGGAUUUUAUUCGACUCGGACGAUCAUUUAAAUUUCCAAACUGUCGGUCCCAAUCCAUCGCAUCUCAGUCCGACCCACCAUCGUUUGAAUACGAUGCCUGGUAGUGCCAACUAUCAUCUGCCGCAACCACAACAUCAACAGCACAUUCAUCCACAUAUAGUUCCUGGCGUGCAACAAGUUCCAUCCACAUCUGGCGGUCAACCCGGCCAAGGAGCAUAUGGCGACGAGUUUUAUGUGGCACCCGAUUUCAAUGAUGUCGGCCAAAGUGAACAUUAUAUCUAUGUCACCUAUCCACCGGAGCUUAAACGACGAUUACUAGAAAGCUGCUACAAUCGAACGACACGUCUGUGAAAUUUUUACAGCUACUCAGCUACUAAUUUGUAAUUACGUUCUUUUUGGUCCUGAGUUUCAGUGAUGCUUUUCGUUUUAUUUAACAUAAUAGAUGAGUCAAGUAGAAUUUAUAAUUAACUUUCUAGAUACAGUACAUUAGCUUGUACUACACAUUUUAGCCAUUAAGUGUUUACUUAAGACAAAAUUGUAAAAAAUAAUAAUUUUAUAGUUUAGUCAAAUUUGGAAUUUAUUGCUUGAUAAUCUAGUUUGGUAGAUCGAUCGGAUCUAGAUCUAGCUACAUGUACGAUUUUUGAUUACUGUGUACGGAAAUUAGUCUACAGGCACUCAGGGGUACUUAAAAAUAAAGCUGAUUCGCCCUCUGUGGUCAGUGUUGCAGAGGGAGAAGUGUGCUCUAAAUAAAAAAAGUCCAUGCUCAUUUCAAAAGCACUGGUGGUAUGAUUCAAAUCAGCGCCACAAUUACCCACAUGUGUAAGUAAGUUUGGUGAUGACGGGAUUUCAAAAUUCAUUUUUUGUUCAACUAACUGAACUGAAUUGCCAGAUAUGAAAAUAUAUAGCUAUUAGUAGUACCGACGUACGUAGUCCCUUUGCCAUUGUCACGAACAGCUUUUCAGUUGAUGAGAAAAAGUCAUUUUGAUCCGCUCCCAGUUCGAAACAGUUAGACAGAAUACACGAUUCCAGUAUAAACCUAACUAAGCUUACUGCAGCCUAGCUAACGUUUAACGAAGCGAGGCUUUUAGCGCUUUUAACUUUUUUUUACAAACGGUUACCCUGUGAUCCGCCAUCCACAAUCUGCUACUUCUUUUGUUUUAAAUAUCUCUCGAUACUAAAUCUUUUACUUCAAUUGUUUUCCAAUCAUAUUUUGAUCUUGAUUUUGCUAUAAAGUGAAACGCUACAGUGCAAAGCUUAUCGGUUUCUUUUUGGUGAAGUUGUAAUUAAUUGUAAUUAACAGAUGAACAGCAGUCUAUUACUAGAGUACAUUAUCAACAGCACUCAAGGCUGUAUACUUUGGGGAGGUCACGCAGAUCGCCAUUUUAUUAGAUACACCUUUACCAUACAAACCAAAUUCACCAAACUUGAAUUUGUAUGGCGAUUUUUUGUUUGAAACGGGGUUUGAAACCCGCGUAUGGCGUAUCUGCAUCUGCGUGACCUUGACAAAGUAUACAAGCCUUGAACAGCACCAACAUUCUGAAUAGUUAUGGGUAUAAUGCUCUUCACGCAUUCUUUAAUUACAGUUAGAGUUCGCUAUAAGGGCGCUAUGGUCUUUUUCAAAGUUCAGGUCAACCAGAAUAUUUGCAAACUGAACAUUCCAGGUUAGCCUGAACCUGAAGUUACCAGAUCUGAAAUUAAAAUUUCGGGUUCAGGUUGAUUCAAGUUCCACAGCUGAAACUUUCUUUUCAAAGAAUAUUACUGACAGUAGUAUGGUUGAAGAAUUGGUCAGGUCAGAAUAUUCAAACCCUAAUUACCUUUUUGAUUACCCUCGAGGUUACAAAAUAAUUUUAAAAUUUAAAUGCCUUUAGAAUCACGUUUUCUUUGUUCAGUAUGAGAAGUUGUUGGCGGAAAUUUUACCAUAGCUCUGACGUUGUUUUUUCAUUGAUUUAGUUAGUAGAAAUUAUUAGGAAAGAUUUAUCUAACAAAUUACGCUCGAAAAUAUUGCAGUUGUCACAGAUUUCGAUUACUAUUCCAUGCGGAACGUAACGCCUUUGAUGAACGCUAUUAUUAUUCUGUUUAUUUUAGUAAAUAUGAAGCCCAGGGAAUAUUUUCAUUAAAUUGAUUGUUGAGACUUCUAAAAAUUCUUGCAAAUUUUCGGGUAACCCGCCUGAACUGUUUACGAUUUUCAGAUUGCAACUACAUGUCGGACCAAGUCGGUUGCAGUUAUUACUAGGCUAAUCGCGUUUUUAGGCUCAGGUCAAAUGGAUUUGUAACGUGUUCUGAAUCUUAAAUAAUUAUUAGAUCCAUCCGUCAAUUUAUUUUAUUCUUGGCGCACUUACAUCGUCAACUUACAGAGAUUUAAAAAAAAAAAACGCACGCGGGCUAUUUUAACGCACAUGUUUUGACAUUUGUUACACGACUGACGCCUACGUUAUUUGGCCAACUGUCAGUUGAAAAUAUUCAAAUUUUUGGCGCAGUUGUGGCGUCAACAAGCGAUUACCCUUUCUUACGGUUAUUAAAUUGAUUUGAUCUCAAAUUGAGGAAUUGAUUCGAAAAGAUGGAGUUGAAUUUUUUGAUAAAAGAAGUAUUUCUUCCGGAAUUGAGUUGUCAGACCACAAUUAAAUUGAAGAAUCGGUGGUAAGCUCUGUUGAAUUUUUAUAGACUCUGUACCUACCGUGAGUAUUUUCAUGUUUUUAUUAUAGCUUCCGUUUCACUAAUAUCACUCGUGACUCCCCUGGGUUCCCUGGAAAAGCGAUAGAUGAAGUUAAUUUAAAACAGAGUGUAGAUUGUAUUUACAGCAACUUAAACUCUUCUUUUUCUUUCGUACAGCUUUUAAAUUUUAUAAAAAAAUGGACUAGCAAUAUUUUCGAGUUACGUCUCUCUGUACAAAUUUGUUAUUCGGUUGGAAAAUGUUUCUUGGCCCUCCUCAAAAUCUAUUAAAUUUCUGAUUACAAAUUUUAAAAAAACUCUCAAAUUUAUCUCUCAAAUUCUGAAUGCACAAACAUAAUGGUAGGAUAAAUAUUAAAAAUAAAGUUGAUGAGCACGAAAACAUUUAUAUAAACAAAAGAAACAUUUUAAGAAGCAAAAAAUAAUAAUUAAACGGGAGCGAGAUAAGUUAGAAGUUAGAUAGAAGUCGCUGUACUUAUAUUUCUGUACAUAAACCAACCGCCCAUGAAACUAUAUUUUAACAUCAAACAUCUAUUACUUCAUUAUUGGUAGAUUUUAGUCCUAACAAUUUUUUUUUUGGUAGAACUAUAUUAAUUAUGGUAAAAAUACAACUAAUGAGAGAAGGAGAAGAAAAAAGCUUUGUUACAUAAGAUACGAUUUUUUGUAAGAAUAUUAAACUCAGAAUUUCACAAAUUUACAAACAUCAAAACAAUCAUUAAAAAAAUCCUUUAUAUAAAUUAAUUUAAACAAACAAAUAAAUAAAAAAAUGAAAGUAAACCUAAAGAAUUGUGAAUGAUUGUGAACAAAAACACUGAAAUAAAUUCAAUAAAAUUAAGCAAUUAAAGUAUUAUGGACGCGAAUACAUACAUAAUAGUAUAGACAAAA